CCAGAUUACCUCAGGAACUUCCGUAAACAAUAUUCCAUGUUCCGUUAAAAAACAGAAUGCUAGACCGCGCUUGUUCGUUUGUAAAAAGGUGGUUACAUGUAUUGCAUGUGUUGAAAUGCAACAUUCUCGGUAGUUAACUGUCAAUUUCUAGUUUUCUUUAUUGCAUUUCUAGACCACAAGAUUAAAUGAACAAAGAGCAAACUAAGAAAUGGACUACGGUUCCGUACCGAUAUAGGCCUGUAUAUCCUCGGAUAUAUAAUACAUUAUAUUGACCGCUGGGAAAUACAUACGACGCAAAUGUUAGGUCCUGUGUUUGGUUUGAUCACGUGAUGCGGUACGAACAUCGGUAGGCGGAAACCACUGUGAACAGACAACGAUGCCUCUCAAGCGGGGAUGGAAGAAAGGACUCCAUUUGAAGAAAUACAGAGAAUUAAAGAGACUCAGAACAGCUGGAGCUGAGGCCCAAAAAGAGCAGCAAGAUUUGUUGGGGUGUAAACCAGACAGCUUAGAUGGAGGAAGUGAAAAAGGCAGGCCAAAUGAAAACCCAGCUUCCGUGGAAGAGGAAAAACCCAGUAAAGAAUCCACAGGGUCUCUGCUUGAAGGCACAGAAAAAAAAGUUAAACCUCGUAAAGAGGAGCUGCCAACCAAAGAGAGUGAAAAGAAGGAAAACACUAUGCCAAAGCAAGAACCAACACAACCUCAAAGAAGAAGUUAUACAAGCAAAACCAGUGACGUGACUCCAUCAGUUACUGUUUCCAGUGCCCAGAAAAAUACAGCUGUCCUCACUGUGGAUGUGACGGAAUCACAGAAGAUUCCAACAGGAGGAGUAUUAAGGACAGAGAUCACAGACUUGACUCCAUCAAGCUCUGUUUCAACCACCCAGAAAAAGGUUGCUGAACCCGAAGAUGAAGUGAAGCAAUCACAGGAGAUUCUACCAGGAGGGGGAUUAAGGACAGAGAUCAACGACUUGACUCCAUCAAGCUCUGUUUCAACCACCCAGAAAAAGGUUGCUGAACCCGAACAUGAAGUGAAGCAAUCACAGGAGAUUCUACCAGGAGGGGGAUUAAGGACAGAGAUCAACGACUUGACUCCAUCAAGUUCUGUUUCAACCACCCAGAAAAAGGUUGCUGAACCUGAAACUGAAGUCCAGGAAUCACAGGAGAUGCAAACAGGAUGGGGAGAAAGGACAGAGAUCACAGACUUGAUUCCAUCAAGUUCUGUUUCAACCACCCAGAAAAAGGUUGCUGAACCCGAACAUGAAGUGAAGGAAUCACAGGAGAUUCUACCAGGAGGGGGAGAAAGGACAGAGAUCACUGACUUGACUCCAUCAAGUUCUGUUUCCACCACCCAGAAAAAGGUUGCUGAACCUGAAGCUAAAGUGGAGGAAUCACUGGAGAUUCCAGGAUGGGGAGAAAGGACAGAGAUCAACGACUUGACUCCAUCAAGUUCUGUUUCCACCACCCAGAUAAAGGUUGCUGAACCUGAAGCUAAAGUGCAGGAAUCACUGGAGAUUCUAGGAGGGGGAGAAAGGACAGAGAUCACCAACUUGACUCCAUCAAGUUCUGUUUCAACCACCCAGAUAAAGGUUGCUGAACCCAAAGCUGAAGUGCAGGAAUUGCAGGAGAUUCCAGCAGGAGGAAAGUUAAGGACAGAGAUCACCGACUUGACUCCAUCAAGUUAUGUUUCAACUGCCCAGAAAAUGUGUGCUGCACCAGCGGCUGAAGUGAAGGAAUCAGAUAAUACUUCAAGAGUAGGAAUAAAAAGCAGGAUUACAGACUUGACUCCAAGUUUUAUUUCAGCUGCCCAGAUAAGGUUCGCUGUAUCAGCAAUUGAAGUGAAGGAAUCACAAGAAACUCCUAGAGGUGAAUUGAGGAGAGAGUUGACAGACACGACUCCUUCAAGUUUUAUUUCAACUGCCCAGAAAACGUGUGCUGCACCAGGGGUUGCAGUGAAGGAAUCAGAUAAUACUUCAAGAGGUAGAAUAAAAAGCAAGAUCACAGACAUGACUCCAAGCUCUAUUUCAACCACCCAGAAAGUGGUUGCUAAGCCAGCAGCUGAAGUGAUGGAUCCAGAUAAGUCUCCAAGAGAUGUUAUAGACAUGACUCCAACAAGUUCUGUUUCAUCCACCCAGAAAAUGGUUGCUAAGCCAGCAGCUGAAGUGAUGGAACCAGAUAAUACUCCAAGAGGUGUAACAGACUUGACUCCAUCAAGCUCUGUUUCAACCACCCAGAAAAAGGUUGCUGAACCCGAAGAUGAAGUGAAGCAAUCACAGGAGAUUCUACCAGGAGGGGGAUUAAGGACUGAGAUCAACGACUUGACUCCAUCAAGUUCUGUUUCAACCACCCAGAAAAAGGUUGCUGAACCUGAAACUGAAGUCCAGGAAUCACAGGAGAUGCAAACAGGAUGGGGAGAAAGGACAGAGAUCACCGACUUGACUCCAUCAAGUUCUGUUUCAACCACCCAGAAAAAGGUUGCUGAACCCGAAGAUGAAGUGAAGGAAUCACAGGAGAUUUUACCAGGAGUGGGAGAAAGUACAGAGAUCACCGACUUGACUCCAUCAAGUUAUGUUUCAACUGCCCAGAAAAUGUGUGCUGCACCAGCGGCUGAAGUGAAGGAAUCAGAUAAUACUUCAAGAGGUGGAAUAAAAAGCAGGAUCACAGACUUGACUCCAAGAUUUAUUUCAGCUGCCCAGAUAAGGUUCGCUGUAUCAGCAAUUGAAGUGAAGGAAUCACAAGAAACUCCUAGAGGUGAAUUGAGGAGCGAGUUGACAGACACGACUCCUUCAAGUUUUAUUUUAAGCUCUAUUUCAACCAUCCAGAAAAUGGUUGCUAAGCCAGCAGCUGAAGUGAUGGAACCAGAUAAGACUCCAAGAGGUGUAAUAGACAUGACUCCAACAAGUUCUGUUUCAACCAUCCGGAAAAUGGUUGCUAAGCCAGCAGCUGAAGUGAUGGAACCAGAUAAGACUCCAAGAGGUGUAAUAGACAUGACUCCAUCAAGUUCUGUUUCAACCACCCAGAAAGAGGUUCCUAUGCUAGCAGCUGAAGUGAUGGAUCCAGAUAAGGCUCCAAGAGAUGUUAUAGACAUGACUCCAACAAGUUCUGUUUCAUCCACCCAGAAAAUGGUUGCUAAGCCAGCAGCUGAAGUGAUGGAUCCAGUUAAGGCUCCAAGAGGUGUAAUAGACAGGACUCCAUCAAGUUCUGUUUCAUCCAUCCAGAAAACAUUUGCUGAAUCAGCAACUGAAGUGAUGGAACCAGAUAAGAGUCCAAGAGGUGUAAUAGACACAACUCCAUCAAGUUCUGUUUCAACCACCAAGAAAAAGGUUCCUAAGCUAGCAGCUGAAGUGAUAAAUCCAAGAGGUGGAUUAAGGACAGAGAUCACAAACACGACUCCAUCAAGUUUUAUUUCAACUGCCCAGAAAAAGUUUGCUGCACCAGCGGCUGAAGUGAUGGAACCAGAUAAUACUUCAAGGGGUGGAAUAAAAAGCAAGAUCACAGACAUGACUCCAUUAAGUUUUAUUACAACUUCCCAGAAAACAUUUGCUGCACCAGCAGCUGGAGUGAAGGUAUCAGAUCAGACUCCAAGAGGUGAAUUAAGGAGAGAACUGACAGACAUGUCGCCAUCAAUUUAUAUUUCAGCUGCCCGGACAAAGUUAGCUAAACCAGAAGCUAAAAUGAAGGAAGCACAAGAGACUCAAAGAAGUGGAAUAAAAAGAAAGUUCACAGACAUGAUUCCUUCAAUUUGUAUUUCAUCCACCCUGAAAAAGUUUUCUGCACCAGUCAUUGAAGUGAAGGAACCACAAGAAACACCAAGUGGGGAAUUGAGGAGCGAGCUGACAGACAUGACUCCAUCAAUUUAUAUUUCAGCCGCCCAGAAAAAGGCCACUAAACCAGGAGCUGAAGCGAUGGAAUGCCAAGAGACACCAAGAGUUGAAUUAAGGAGAGAAAUGACAGACAUGAGUCCAUCAAUUUUUAUCUCAAAGGCCCAGAAGAAGGCCACUGAAAUGAUGGACCAGGCAGAGACUUCCUUCAGAGCUACAGGAAGGGGAUUAAAGGAGGGUGCACCUCGCCAGUUUGUGGGACUCAGUCGAAGGAGUCAUCAUGACUAUGAAGGAGCAAGUGGCAGUGGAUAUUGUUACACUACCAUGCAUCUGAAACCAGUCAGGGUACAUCUCUGUGCUGAUGAAGUAGAGAGGUUUCUUCACAGGAAACAGGAGAGACCUGUGUGUUCAAAACCAUUUUGUCCUCUGAAGGAAGCUGGAAGAGAAAAAUAUUAUGAAUAUGACCCAAAUUCGAAAGAAAAAACCCAUCACUUUGCAAAAGCAGUAUGUCAGUAUUCUUCUGUGGAGUGUCUUUCCAGAAAAUAUAGAGGGGAAGAAUUUACCAAACAAAUAACUUCUCAAGCGUUUCGAAAACUGAUAACAAAACUCAAUCCUGGACUGGAUGGAAGGAAGAGAAGAAAGGUUGUGACUCCUGAAGAAAGCUCAGAAAUGGGGGAAGGGAAUAUCUGUUCAUUAAAUAAGGAACCAAAAGGGGAUGAUGGAAAGGUAAAAUAUGACAGAAAUGAAACAAUUCUGGUAGAGGAUGAAGUAACAGUACAUGCUGGUGUACGUGAGGAAGUACAAGAACAGAAUGUGGUAGGGAGAGAUGAUUUGUUUGUAGUAGAGUUAGAAAACGCAGAAGAACCUGAUCAGGAGGAAGACGAAGACCCGAUUGUGGUGAAGGGGGAAAACAACAAACAGUUAGUUGUACACGAGGCAGAUGAGGACCAGGAUGUCGAAGAUGGGGAUGACAACAAACAGUUAGUUGUCCAUGACGCCGAUGAAGACCAGAUUGUGGUAAAGUGGGAAGACAAUGAACAGUUAGUUGUACACGAGGCAGAUGAGGGCCAGAUUGUGGUAAUGGGGGAAGACAACAAACAGUUAGUUGUACACGAGGCAGAUGAAGACCAUGAUGUCGAAGAUGGGGAUGACAACAAACAGUUAGUUGUCCAUGACGCCGAUGAAGACCAGAUUGUGGUAAAGGGGAAAGACAACGAACAGUUAGUUGUACACGAGGCAGAUGAAGACCAGGAUGUCGAAGAUGGGGAUGACAACAAACAGUUAGUUGUCCAUGACGCCGAUGAAGACCAGAUUGUGGUAAAGGGGGAAGACAACGAACAGUUAGUUGUUCAAGAGGCAGAUGAAGAAGAGGUUGUCGAAGAUGGGGAAGACAAUGAACAGACUAAUUCACAUUCAUUAGGCAGGUGCAGUGUAGAGGAUACACCAGCCAUGGUAAUUGUGAAACCACCAAACAAAGUAACCAUAUCAGAAAGUGAAACACGAAGUGACAGAGAAGGCUGUUACACUGACAUCCGCCUGAAACCAGUCAAGGUACAUAUCUGUGCUGAUGAAGUAGAGAGGUUUCUCCAAAGAAAACAGGAAGGACCAUUUUGUCAUCUGGAGGAAUUUAGAAGAGAGAAAUAUUUUGAAUAUGAACCAGCUUACAAAAGAAGGAAAGUGAGGAAACCUACAUAUAAACCAUUUAAACCAAAAGUAGUUUCUCUGUAUCCUUCUGAAGCAUUGGAAUGUAUUUCAAAAAAACGCGGAGGGAUACGAUUUCUAGCCCAAAACAACACUCAAGGAUUUCGAAAACUGAUAAAAAACCUCAAUCCUGGAGUGGAUGGAAGGAAUAAAAGAAGGGUUAUGACUCCUGAAGAAAGCUCAGAAAUGGGGGAAGGGAAUAUCUGUGCAUUAAAUAAGGAACCAAAAGGGGAUGAUGGAAAGGUAAAAUAUGACAGAAAUGAAACAAUUCUGGUAGAGGAUGAAGUAACAGUACAUGCUGGUGUACGUGAGGAAGUACAAGAACAGAAUGUGGUAGGGAGAGAUGAUUUGUUUGUAGUAGAGUUAGAAAACGCAGAAGAACCUGAUCAGGAGGAAGACGAAGACCCGAUUGUGGUGAAGGGGAAAAACAACGAACAGUUAGUUGUCCACGAGGCCAAUGAAGACCAGGAUGUCGAAGAAGGGGAUGACAACAAACAGUUAGUUGUCCAUGACGAUGAUGAAGACCAGAUUGUGGUAAAGGGGGAAGACAACGAACAGUUAGUUGUACACGAGGCAGAUGAAGACCAGGAUGUCGAAGAUGGGGAAGACAACGAACAGUUAGUUGUCCAUGACGCCGAUGAAGACCAGAUUGUGGUAAAGGGGGAAGACACCGAACAGUUAGUUGUCCAUGACGCCGAUGAAGACCAGAUUGUGGUAAAGGGGGAAGACAACGAACAGUUAGUUGUACACGAGGCAGAUGAAGACCAGGAUGUCGAAGAUGGGGAAGACAACGAACAGUUAGUUGUCCAUGACGCCGAUGAAGACCAGAUUGUGGUAAAGGGGAAAGACAACGAACAGUUAGUUGUACACGAGGCAGAUGAAGACCAGGAUGUCGAAGAUGGGGAAGACAACGAACAGUUAGUUGUCCAUGACGCCGAUGAAGACCAGAUUGUGGUAAAGGGGGAAAACAACGAACAGUUAGUUGUUCAAGAGGCAGAUGAAGACCAGGAUGUCGAAGAUGGGGAUGACAACAAACAGUUAGUUGUCCAUGACGCCGAUGAAGACCAGAUUGUGGUAAAGGGGGAAAACAACGAACAGUUAGUUGUCCAUGACGCCGAUGAAGACCAGAUUGUGGUAAAGGGGGAAGACAACAAACAGUUAGUUGUCCACGAGGCAGAUGAAGACCAGGUUGUCGAAGAUGGGGAAGACAACGAACAGUUAGUCGUUCACGAGGCAGAUGAGGACCAGAUUGUGGUAAUGGGGGAAGACAACAAACAGUUAGUAGUUCACGAGGCAGAUGAGGGCCAGAUUGUGGUAAAGGGGGAAGACAACAAACAGUUAAUUGUACACGAGGCAGAUGAAGACGAGGUUGUCGAAGAGGGGGAAGACAAUGAACAGACUAAUUCACAUUCAUUAGGCAGGUGCAGUGUAGAGAAUACACCAGCCAUGGUAAUUGUGAAACCACCAAACAAAGUAACAAUAUCAGAAAGUGAAACACGAAGUGACAGAGAAGGCUGUUACACUAACAACCGCCUGAAACCAGUCAAGGUACAUAUCUGUGCUGAUGAAGUAGAGAUGUUUCUUCAAAGAAAACAGGAGGGACCAUUUUGUCAUCAGGAGGAAUUUAGAAGAGAGAAAUAUUAUGUACAUGAACCAGCUUACAAAAGAAGGAAAGAGAGGAAACAUUAUUGUAAACCAUUUGAACCAUUUAUACCAUUUAUACCAAAAGUAGUUUCUCUGUAUCCUUCUGAAGCAUUGGAGUUAAUUUCCAGACAAAAAGGAAGGGAACAAGUUCCAGCCCCCAAAAACACUCAAGCAUAUCGAAAACUGAUAAAAAAUGCCAAUCCAAGAAAGAGAAGGGUUGUGACUCCUGAAGAAAGCUCAGGAAUGGGGGAAGGAAAACUCAAUCAAAGAGUGGAUAGAAGGAAGAGAAGAAAGGUUGUGACUCCUGAAGAAAGCUCAGAAAUGGGGGAAGGAAAACUCAAUCAAAGAGUGGAUAGAAGGAAGAGAAGAAAGGUUGUGACUCCUGAAGAAAGCUCAGAAAUGGGGGAAGGAAAACUCAAUCAAAGAGUGGAUAGAAGGAAGAGAAGAAAGGUUGUGACUCCCGAAGAAAGCUCAGAAAUGGGGAAAGGGAAACUCAAUCAAAGAGUGGAUAGAAGGAAGAGAAGAAAGGUUGUGACUCCUGAAGAAAGCUCAGAAAUGGGGGAAGGAAAACUCAAUCAAAGAGUGGAUAGAAGGAAGAGAAGAAAGGUUGUGACUCCCGAAGAAAGCUCAGAAAUGGGGAAAGGGAAUAUCUCUGCAUUAAAUAAGGAACCAAAAGGGGAUGAUGGCAAUGUAAAAUAUGACAGAAAUGAAACAAUUCUGGUAGAGGAUGAAGUAACAGAACAUGGUGAUGUGCGUGAGGAAGUUCAAGAACAGAAUGUGUUGGGGGAAGAUGAUUGGUUUGUAGUAGAGUACGAUAACGCAGAAGAGACUGAUCAGGAUGAAGACGAAGACAAGAGGGAAAAUGAAGAAAAGUUAGUUGUCCAUGACGCCGAUGAAGACCAGAUUGUGGUAAAGGGGGAAGACAACGAACAGUUAGUUGUACACGAGGCAGAUGAAGACCAGAUUGUGGUAAAGGGGGAAGACAACGAACAGUUAGUUGUCCACGAGGCAGAUGAAGACCAGAUUGUGGUAAAGUGGGAAGACAACGAACAGUUAGUUGUACACGAGGCAGAUGAAGACCAGAUUGUGGUAAAGUGGGAAGACAACGAACAGUUAGUUGUACACGAGGCCGAUGAAGACCAGAUUGUGGUAAAGUGGGAAGACAACGAACAGUUAGUUGUACACGAGGCCGAUGAAGACCAGAUUGUGGUAAAGGGGGAAGAUGAAGAACAGUUUGUGGUGAAAGAAGAAGUAGAACAGAAUGUGGUGCACAUGGAAGAAGAUUGGAUAGUAGUAUUGCAGGAAUAUAAAGAAAAGUUGGUGGUAGAGGGAGGAGACGAAGAACAGUUUAUUGUACAGAAGGAAGAAGAAGAAGAGGAUGUGGUAAAGGAAAGAGUAGAACAGAUUAUGGUACAUGAGGAAGUAGAAGAUUGUAUUGUGGUCGAGCAGGAAACCAAAAGACAGAUUGUUCGUAAACAAGGAGUAGAACACUUUGUUGUACAUGAGGAAGAAGAAGAUUGUAUUGUGGUAGAGCAGGAAAGCAAAAAACAGAUUGGGAUAAAAAAAGGAGUAGAACACUUUGUAGUACACGAAGAAGUAGAAGAUUGUAUUGUGGUCGAGCAGGAAACCAAAAGACAGAUUGUUCGUAAACAAGGAGUAGAACACUUUGUUGUACAUGAGGAAGAAGAAGAUUGUAUUGUGGUAGAGCAGGAAAGCAAAAAACAGAUUGCGAUAAAAAAAGGAGUAGAACACUUUGUAGUACACGAAGAAGUAGAAGAUUGUAUUGUGUUAGGGCAGGAAAGCCAAGAACGAAUUGUGGUGAAAAAAAGGUUAAAACGGAAAGUGGUUAUAAUAGAUGAUUGAUGAGUUGAAACAAACCAGUAAUGGCAACUGAUUGAUGAUGACAUCCAAAGAACCUUCAAGACCGCCUCCAUGGUCUAGUGGUAGAAGGAACCACGGGUGGCCCAGUCGUCUAAGGCGCCGCGAUUCGCUGUGCAGAUUUGCGUCCCUUGGGCACGCCAGAAAAAAACCUAUGAUUGUGGGUUUAUCUCUAGCAACAUAAAUAAAGAAACAUUGUCAACAAUCGUCA